UCUGCGCGCUUCCUAUUGGUCGCGCGGGGACCAAUAGGCGGCCGCGCUGAGUUCGGUUACGGCCGGCGGGAGGAGCGGGCGGACUUAAAGCGGCGGCGCGGUGGGGCCGGGGGGUGGCUGUGGGGUGCGAUGGUGGUGAGCGGCGCUUCCCACGAGAAGGAGAACAGCUCCCCGGGGCCGAGCGUCACCGGGAAGCUCUUCCCUUACGGCCGCGUCCCGGUGAGGACCCGCUCCCGCCGCGCGGAACCUGGAGACCGCUCGACCGCUGCCGGCACCGCUACGUCCCGCGGGCACCCCCGCUGCACGGAGGUGGAGCAGCCCCCACCGCCAGCGGUGGAUGCAGAGACCAACGUCACCCCCUCGCCUGUUGCCACCCCCGUGGCGGGGGCCGUGGGGCGCGGGCCCUGCUUGGCCCGCAGGGUGCCCGCCCGUGCCCCCCCCUCGGCCAAAGGAACCUCCCCUCUGAGCGCAGCAGGGACCCAAACCACGCUGCCCGGUUCCCUCCGUACCCAGGACAGCGCGUCCAUGGGGCUGAGGGUCCCCAAGAAGAAGAGCAGCACCCCAGGCUCCUCCAGCACUGGACUGACUCUCCGUGUGUCUGUCACCAAGAACAUGCGUUCUACCCCAGCCACUCAGCAUUCCUUCCGCACGCCGUGCCUCACCCCUCACAGCUCCCGGCCGCGUGCCCUGCGGGUGGGGGGCAGCUCGAGUGCUGGGGAGGGGUCCCAGCCUGUCCCCCCAGCCUGUGCUGAUGGCGUUGUCCCAUUGGAGACCCCCCUGCGCUGGCGACCGGCUGUGACCCCUCAGCCUGACCCCAGCACAGGCACUGCUGAUGGCAAUGAGCUGUCCCCAUCCUGGGACAAGGUGGUGGUGCAGCUCUUCAAGGGGAACGAAGGCCAGCAGGACGCUGAGGGGACGAUGGCGCAUCCCAGCAGCACCCCAGCCCCCAGCAAGGCACAGCGUGCAGCCCUGCUCCUGCAGCAGCUGCUGCAGAUGGUGCAGGACCGGCCGGACGCUGUAGCGGUGCUGACGGAGCUGUGCGGGCUCACGGCCGAGUGGGGGGUAGACCCCAUGCCCCCAGACCCCCUGGACCCUCCCAGCCUCUCCUCGGAGCCGUGACCCACGGUGGGGGGACGACGCUGGAAGAAAUGUGAAUAAAGUAUUUUUCUGCUUUG